AUGAAGUCCUUCGUUGCAGCACUGCUGGCAGCUUCCGUGGCCUAUGCCCGUACUGGGACCGAGAGAAAGCCGUCGCAGUCAGAGAUCGAAGCCGCCGCCGCUUCGACCGAACCGCACUCCCCAGUUUCCAAUGUCAAAGGCCUUGCAUUCGAUCGUUUCUUUCAAGUGUGGCUCGAAAAUAUCGAUUACGAAGAUGCCGAGGCGGAUGAAAACAAGCAGUGGCUGGCCUCUCAAGGAAUCACACUGACCAACUUUUAUGCCACUACACAUCCUUCCGAACCGAACUAUUGUGCUGCCGCCGGCGGUGACACGUUCGGCAUGGACAAUGACGAUUUCAACCAAAUCCCUUCGAACGUGUCGACUAUUGCCGAUCUUCUUGACACGAAGCAAAUUGCCUGGGGAGAAUAUCAGGAGCACAUGCCUUAUCCUGGAUUUCAGGGAAACGACUAUCCUAACCAAAAAACAAAGGCAAAUGACUAUGUGCGCAAGCACAAUCCGUUGGUCUUGUACGACUCGGUCGCUGAGAACAGCACUCGCUUGCGCCAAAUCAAGAAUUUCACUCAUUUUGACGAGGAUCUGAAGAACAAGAAGUUGCCCCAGUGGGCUUUUGUGACUCCUAACAUGACGAACGAUGCACAUGACACUAACAUCACCUUUGCCGCCAAGUGGGAGCGUAACUGGAUGACGCCUCUUCUUAAGAACUCGUAUUUUAUGGAUAACACCCUGGUUUUACUCACCUUUGACGAGGACAAUACGUAUCCGAAGGGCAAUAAAAUCUUUAGCAUCCUUUUGGGUGGUGCCAUUCCGGACAACCUCAAGGGCACCAAGGACGAUACGUUCUACACUCACUAUUCGGUCAUUGCAACGAUGUCCGCUAACUGGGGUCUGCCAUCUCUCGGCCGCUGGGACUGCGGCGCUAAUCUACUUGAGAUCGUGGCAAACAAGACUGGUUAUGUGAACUAUGAAGUUGACACUACACACCUUCACCUCAAUGAAACAUACCCUGGCCCCAUGUCUAAUGGUGACUAUUCUGAAUACUCACCCGAGUGGCCCAUUCCUUUAACGGAGGGAGAAUGUUCUGCUGGCCAUGGAAUCCUUGAUAUUGUCAAGGAAACCUACAAGGGCACCAAGCCCACCUUCAAUUAUACAAGCCCGUUCCCUUACGAUACCAAGAGUGGCUACAAUGAAGAUGUGACAGCGACCAGGAAGAGUUCUCUCAAUGGAAGAUCCUCGGCCUCUUCCACUUCUCCCGAAUCUACUGCCAAUUCUGGCAGUUCAUUGACCUUGCCGCUUGUUGGGUCAGUUACUGGAAUUUUCAUUGGGGUUGUACUAGGACACUUCUAA